AUCCCGUAUUUUUCUCUUAGGUGAAAUAUUUUAGUAGAAAGUUUGAUAGAUAUGAUUUUAUAAAGUUAUUAAAAUUACUACUUCUAGAUAUGCUUUAAAUUAUAAACCUUAUAUGAGGAAGUUUAUAAAUGUGAUUUUUCCUUUAUUGUAAAGAUAGAGAUUAUUUUCUCAUAAGAAAAUAAAUUAUAUUUUUACCGUUUUAAAAAUUUAUGGUACAAAAAUUUGUACUCCUUAUAUGAGAUUGGAAAAUUAGAUAAGAUAUACUCUUCUAGAUGUCUCCAUAUUUACGUGUCAAUUGUUAUAAGAUAUUUUUUUUUAAUAUUUGAAUAAGGUUGAAGUCUUUCUAUUGACAAUAUUACUUAUGAUAUUUUGUCAUUUUGCUAAGAUCAUUAUUACCAAGGAACGUCUUCCAACAUAAAGUGGUGACAAAGAGAUAAGAUAUACUAUCUAUUAAGACACGUGGGACACCAUUUCUUUACAUAGAAAUAAUCACCACCGUAUCCAACAUAUGUUUAUAUUUGUUGCAUUCCUUUUGUGCUAGGAUAUAACUAUAUAUAUAUAUACACAUCUGACAUAUUAGUUCUUAAACAUUAAGGUUCUCUAGAUAUCUAGCACCACCGUAUGUUUCUAUAUAUGUUUAUUAGUUGUGUAGAACCAUAGCAUCCAAGAAGAUUAGCAUUUCCAUGUAUAGCUAAUAAAAGAGCACCAGCCAUGGUAUUUUCAAGCCACUGGUUCAACGUGAAAAUGGGGAAUUUGGCCUAGGGAGAGAGUUGCUCCAAGACCAUGUAUAGUUAUCCUCCUCCGUCGACUUUAUGUUUAUAACAUCGGUUUCCUCCGGAUCCUAGCAAAUCAGAGAUUUUUUCAAAGAGAAGUAGGGUGGAAGAAAAGUAUUCCUUGGCAUAUAAGGUAACGACGUGACAUUGGGGGAGGGCAAGUGAACGAUAACAUAGCUAAACGACAAAGGUAUGUGAGGUAGACAGGGAAGUGAGCUUGGUCUAGGCCCUUAGUAGCUGUCAGCUGAUUGAGAGCACUCCAUUGUCCGGAGUAAUGCCUUUGAGAAAGAAGAAGAAAGUCAGCACAUUACUAGGCGCUGCGGGAGAAGGCACCAGCCGAGAGCCCCCGGUUGAACUAGGACAUAGUGAGUCUCAGAGUGCCACUCCCUCACAUGCUACUUCUAUUCCUCCAGUAGCAGAAGAGCAUGAAGAAGUCUCCACUCCAGCUCCAGUGCAUCCAUUCCCUCCACCGGUUGCUUCGAGUCAACAAGUGACCGAGGCUAUCCAUUUACUGACACAGUUGGUUGCCGCCCAGGCACAGCGGCAGAAUGUGAGUUCAAGUGAUCAGUCAGAUAGUACCAGAGCUCGUGAUUUUAUGAGUCUGAAGCCUCCGGAGUUUUUCGGGUCAAAGCCGGAUGAAGACCCGCAAGGUUUUAAUGAUGAGAUGUUGAGGACAUUGAAAAUUAUUCAUGCCUCCGAGACCGAAUCCGUGGAGUUGGCCUCUUAUAGACUCCGGGACGUGGCAGUGUUAUGGUAUAACAACUGGGUGCUGUCAAGAGGAAAGAAUGCGCCUCCGCCUGUAUGGCAGGAAUUUGUGGAUGCUUUUAUUCGUCACUACUUGCCGCCCGAGGUCCGCCGAGCUAGAGCGGACAAGUUCUUGAAUCUAAAGCAAGGAAGCAUGAGUGCUCGAGAGUAUAGCCUACAAUUUAAUUCCUUGGCCCGGUAUGCCCCGACUAUGGUGGCCGACAUGGGGGAUCGUGUGCAUAGAUUUGUGAGUGGUUUGGGGCCACACUUAUUCAAAGACUGUCUGACAGCCUCGUUGCAAGCAGGGAUGGACAUUGCCCGUAUACAAGCUCAUGCUCAGAAUCUAGAAGGACAGCAACCUCUGCAAAGGGGUGACCGGGAUGUUGAUCGAAGGCAAAAGAAGAGGGCUAGAUCGAUGGGAGCAAGCAGUGAAUAUAAAGGGGGAUCAAGGCAAAACUAUUCUAGUCACUCAGGUCAAUCGGUGACUAGUGUACCUCCACGAGUUGCAAGCCAGGGGUCCGAUUUCUCUAGUCAUCCCGGACCGGAUCAGAGUUUUAUAGAGUCGGGCUCUCGGUAUAGGGGAGAUUAUAGCCAGAGGAGACCCUCAGCACCGCGGUGCAGUCAGUGCGGUAGACUACAUUCCGGACGGUGUCUCCAGGGAUCAGAUGCUUGUUACGCCUGUGGCCAGGUUUGGGCACAUGAUGAGAGAUUGCCCAUCGAUGAGUGGUGGAGUUGGGACUCAGCCCACUGGAUCAGCGGCCGGUUCUUCUUCGGUGCGCCCAGGAGGCCAGACUCCCCCGAUUCCAGCAGGUCCAGGCAGAGCAGAGGGGGAGCAUCUACUUCAGGUGCCACUAAUCCCCGUAUAUAUGCUCUAGCGGAGCGACAGGAUCCAGAGUCAUACCCCGAUGUCGUCACAGGUAACGACGUGACAUUGGGGGAGGGCAAGUGAACGAUAACAUAGCUAAACGACAAAGGUAUGUGAGGUAGACAGGGAGGUGAGCUUGGUCUAGACCCUUAGUAGCUGUCAGCUGAUUGAGAGCACUUCAUUGUCCGGAGGUGCUUAUGAUUCUUCUUUUGGUAUAUAUGCAUAUUUUGGGCACGACGGAGUCUUGUUCUGUCUAUAUGUUUAGUAUGUCAGUAGAGGCUCGUAGAUACGCAGUGUGGGUCAGAUGGUCUUACAAGAUGUUAUUAUUAUGUAUAUAUUAUUUUGAUGGGCGAGAGGCAAAUGUAUAUAAGUAUUUAUGUUUCUAUAUAAAAUAUGAUUUUCCUACAAUUCGUGUAUAAAAUUGGUAAAAGAGCAUUAAAUGAGUAAGAUGAGUAUUAGAGCGAGUGGUGCUCGGUGGCUAGCCCCGGGUACCCGUCACGGCCCCUAGCUGGGUCGUGACAGAUGAUUUCAUAUUUAAAAGUCCCAAGCUUAUGAUUUCAAUGUAAAUAUGAGAAGGUUGAGUUAUUUUCAUGAUUUUCUUUAUUUUUAUUUAUUGUUGUUGAUCUCGCCUUAUAAUAAUUGUUCCUUCAAGGUGAGAUAGAACGAUGAUGAUUAUUCCAUAAUAUAAUCGGAAGUUACCGACCUUACGUCACUCCGAUGUAUUUAUAGCUCUUAUUUGGCUCUCAUGCAUGCUUUAUAUAUAUAUGUAUGUAUUUUCUCACACCGCGCCGCGCUAUAGUCGGUCGGGCAUGGCACGUAGAUGUGCACACCACUGCAGUGGGCAUAUUAUGAUAUUGCCCCAGACGCCGGCUAAUGAUGAUAACACUGAGCCUUAAUGGUCGGGCAUGAUACUAUAUAUAUGACACCGAGCCUUAUGGCCGGGCAUGAUACUAUAUAUAUGACACCGAGCCUUAAUGGCCGGGCAUGGUACUAUGUAUAUGUAUAAAAAUAUUUUUCUAAAGGCUAAGCAUGCAUGGCAUCCGCCUUAUGAGGCAUCCAGAUGUACCGGUUAUCUCUUUUAUUCCAUGUUACCUUUCAUGUCUAUAUUAUGUUGUUAUUCAUGCCUUACAUACUCAGUACAUUAUUCGUACUGACGUCCCUUCUUAUGGACGCUGCGCUCAUGCCC